GCAUCACGCAAGAAGCUGGAAGUGAGGGUAGUAGCCAUGUAAAAGAAGCCUCUGGAACCUGCAGGAACAUCAUUCUAAUGUAAGCCAGCUGCUCUUUCCACCUCAUCAUAUUGCAUAGAUCCAUCUCAGAACCCCUGGAAUCUUCUUCCCAUUUCCAUUCCUAUCCAUUCUUCCAUGUACCAGAACUUUCAAGAACCCACCCCCGCCUUUAUAAGUAAACGACAUCAAUACACACCAGAUCAAUACAACAUCAACAUCAACAUCAAUAUCCAAAAUGAAACACUCUCUUGUUUCUUCUUUGCUGCUAUUGCUUGUGUUCUUCCUUGCAGCUGGGUCGACCCAGGGGUCCCUGUUGGACAUCUGGUCGGACCGUUUCCCAGAUCCAUUCCGAGUUCUGGAGCAGAUCCCCUUGGGCCUCGACAGGGAUGCGGACCUAGCCCCCUCUCCAGCCAGGGUGGACUGGAAGGAGACACCUGAGGGACAUGUUAUCAUGAUGGACAUCCCGGGUCUGAGGAAGGAGGAGGUGAAGAUAGAGGUGGACGAGAGCCAAAGAGUGCUGAGGGUGAGCGGGGAGAGGAAGAAGGAAGAGGAGAAGAAAGGUGACCACUGGCACCGGAUGGAGAGGUCCUAUGGCAAGUUCUGGAGGCAGUUCAGGCUGCCUAAUAAUGUAGACUUGGAGGGUGUUAAGGCCAAGCUUGAGAAUGGGGUGCUCACCUUGUCUUUGCCCAACUUGUCGUCUGAUCGGAUCAAGGGUCCCAAGGUGGUCAGCAUUGCUGGAGGAGAUGAGGAAGAGAACCCCAAGCUCAAAAGUGAAACCUCCAAACAGGAACUUUGACUUGACCUGAGAGAGGCUGUCUGGUGAAAAGCUUUGUUUUGUCUCUGAGAAUAAGUUUAUAGUUUGAUCUUCCCUGUGAGUUGUGACUAUGAUGAGUCAAGGUGUGUUUUCCCAAGGCAGUUAAUGUAAACAUGAAGUUGUGAUAUGUUAUUUCGUCUUUCCACAAAA